AUGCCACCAGGGACAGGGUUGACGCGGGGCAGAGGAGUGUUGGCGUGCUACCUGCCACAACACCGCUGUCACUCCCUCUUCGUCAAGCUGAGGCGGCGGCGCCGCGACGUCGUGAGAGGGACCAUCUCCGCCUCACCCAUUCCGCCUCACCCCAUUCUACCUCACCCCAUCGCCGCCCCCCCAUCCCUCCCCUCCCCAUCGUUCUACACCCCAUCCCUUCCCUCCCCAUCCCCGCAACCCCAUCCCUUCCCUCCCCAUCCCUCACCUCCCCAUCCCUCACCUCCCCAUCCCUCACCUCCCCAUCCCUCACCUCCCCGUCCCUCACCUCCCCGUCCCUCACCUCCCCAUGUCUACCCACUCCGUGCCUCAUCUCCUCAUCUCGAACGAGCACUCUCCCUCCCCAACAAUUGUGACGUGCAAUCCCCCUGUCGUCCACGCUCACUCCCUCACUCCAGUCGCCCACGCAAACUCUCUUUCCGUCGCCCAGCUCACCGUUCCGCCUCACCCCACUCCGCCUCACCCCAUUCCGCCUCACCCGGGUCCCGCCUCACCCCGUUCCGCUUCACCCCACUCCGCCUCACCCCAUUCCGCCUCACCCGCCCCCCCCUUUUGCCUCACCCCAUUUUGCUUGCCGUCCUCUCUCCUCACCCCAUCUCCUCCUCACCCCAUCUCCUCCUCACCCCAUCUCCUCACCCCAUCCCCUCAUCACCCCAUCUCCACCUCAUCCCUCCUCUCCCCGUCCCCUCCCCUCCCCGUUCCCUCCUCUCCCCAUCCCCGCAUCCCCAUCCCCGCCUCCCCAUCCCCGCCUCCCCAUCCCCGCCUCCCCAUCCCCGCCUCCCCAUCCCCGCCUCCCCAUCCCCGCCUCCCCAUCCCCGCCUCCCCAUCCCCGCCUCCCCAUCCCCGCCUCCCCAUCCCCGCCUCCCCAUCCCUUCCCUCCCCAUCCCUCACCUCCCCAUCCCCGCCUCCCCAUCCCUUACCCUCUCCAUCCCCCAUCUCCCCAUCCCUCACCUCCCAGUCUCUCAUCUUACCAUUCCUCUUCUACCCAUCCCUCACCUCCCCAUCCCCGUUCCGCCCCACCCCAUUCCGCCCCAAACCCAUCCCUCCUCACCUUUCCCCAUCCCUCCUCUCCCCAUCCGUCCUUUCCCCAUCCGUCCUCCUCACCCCAUCUCCUCCUCACCCCAUCUCCUCACCCCAUCUCCUCACCCCAUCCCCUCAUCACCCCAUCUCCAUCUCCUCCUCUCCCUCCUCUCCCCGUCCCCUCCUCUCCCCGUUCCCUCCUCUCCCCGUCCCUCCUCUCCCCGUCCCCUCCUCUCCCCGUCCCCUCCUCUCCCCGUUCCCUCCUCUCCCCGUCCCUCCUCUCCCCGUUCCCUCCUCUCCCCGUUCCCUCCUCUCCCCGUCCCCUCCUCUCCCCCUCCCCUCCUAUACGCAUCCACUCCUCUUUCAAACCCAUCCUCUCUUGGUUUUUCCUCACCUCAUCCCUCCUCUGCCCAUCCCCUCCUCUCCCCAUCUCCUCCUCACCCCAUCCCUUCAUCUCCCCAUCCCCUCCUCACCCCAUCCCAUCCUCUCUCCAUCCCCUCCUCUCCCCAUCCCCUCCUCUCCCCAUCCCCUCUUCUCAUCCCCUCCUCUCCCUGCCCCCUCUUCUUCCCAUCCCCUCGUCUCCCUGUCCCCUCCUCUUCUUAUCCCUUCCUUCCCCCAUCCCGUUGCCCCUUUCCUCCAUGUCUCUUCACUUUGAUCCUCCCAUCCUCCUUCCUCAUUCCUCCCUGCCACCCUUUCUCCUCCCCUCUUUCCUCCCCAGCCUCUCUUCCUCCCCUCCCUUCUGCUUCUCUCCCCCACGUCCUCCCUACCUCCCUUCCCCCAACCAUCACUAACUCCCUUCCUUCAUUCCUGCAUUCCUCGCUUCCUCCCUUCCUCCGUUCCUCCCUUCAUCAUUUGUCAGUUGUCAUUCUUUUGCAUCAGCCACUUCAGCCACGUCACAUCUGA